CAUCGAUCGGAUCCGCCGGUAAGGGUGGCAUAACGAUUGAGGUUAUGCGACACGGGACGCAAAACCACGACGACGACGACGAUGACGGCGGCCUUCCACUGGCACUAUGGUUCUGUGGCAAUGUGAUGGAUUCUGGAAGAAGACACACACGCGCCCUCGGUUUCAGUUUGCUUUCUGCCACGGUGCGAAGCACGCGCGUUUUGUCGUUUCGCUCGCUCGGUACGGUCUUGGUGUGUUCGGUUCGAAUCGCGUAAUAUAUUACGCGUACGUAUUAUGCUGGGUUGACGAACGACACGCAAACGGCCGAUGUUGUUUUGGGUGAACAUGUGAAAGCGCAUUUGUGUUAUUUUUUUCUCCCAUUUUUUGUUGUUGCUGUUAUACUAAAUCGAUUUACCGGUUUUCUUCGAUGAGCUUUUUUGGGUGACUCCACCCGAUUCUUAAACUAAAGCAAAAAACAAGCUUGAGUGACCUAGCAAAAUAGAAAAAAAUAAAUCGUGAAAGUGAUAUUACAGUUUGUGCAUGGAAACAAGAAAAGAAAGAAUUUAGUUUGAGUGAAGUGAAAAUAUCUGAGUGUUCCUUCCUAUUGGUAGUGUUUUUUUAUUAUUAUGCCAUGUUCGGAUCGUAAGUGAUCCCCACGUCCUGUAUUUUUUUUGUAAAAACAGCGGAGAUAAGCAACAACGGCCGUGUGAAGCAGAAACACAGACUCUCGACCUCCGACCAUACCAACAAGGGCCUAAUGAAGAUGGCACAUUAUUCAUUGGCAGCAGCAAGCGGACUUACAACAAGCGGUUGCAUUUAGCAGUCGGGCCAGUUCGUGAAGCCACGGACGGAAAUUAAACGAUUCCAUGUGAUAGAACUCAUCCUUCAAGCGUGUUUGUGCUCUUCUUUUCUUCCGGCUUUGAGAUAGAGAGAAAGAAAAAAGUAAAAACACGCCAUAAGCCACAAAAACGGAAGAGUCAUAGCUAAGCGGACCCAUGCAACAGAAAUCUUAAAGCUAUCACUUCCGAGCGUUCUCGUUUUACUGAACGUGAUUGUCGAAGAUAUUUACAGCGCAUCGUUUAAGGACGUGUAACUUUUCGAUUACCACCAAGGGAGGCAGGUCACACUGACGCUGGAAAUACGUCAGGAGGUGAGGUGGCCCAAAAUAGGGAGUACCAAAAAAAAAAAAUAAUAAAACGGAACCUCACCCCCAAAUACGGUGACCGUGAAGGACCUGCAGGUUGGUUGUGAAAAUAGCUGGAGUGAAAAGCAAAAAAAAAGAAAAGCCAGCAAACUUUGACGCGAGUGUAAAUUUCGGUGAAUAAUGAGUGCGCAACCAGCGGCACUAAAUGCUUCUAAGCUGUGCCACGUUCGGUAAUAAAUAAAUUACGUUCUGCACCAAACUAACAACAACGUUGACGCGUAGUGUUACCGGGGGAGGGUGUUCUUUCUUUUCCUGCGUACCUCCUGCGUGCGUAUUUUAAUUUCGAAACCACCCAAAAGCCCACAGUUCGAACACACGAACCACCCCCAUCACGAGAGCCACGUAAUCGAUGCGCGUGAUCAAGAUGUGUCCCACCAAACGAACGUGAACGUGUUUCGGAUGUGGCUGGAAGGUGUACGACUUAAGCUCGAAGCAGUGAAGAAUCUAAAUCCACGACAGAAAAGAUACGCUUCCAACGUUCGGGAAGUGGAGCGAAAUUCAGUACAAGCGCGUGACGAACCAUGGCAGCAAGAAAUGAACUCACCGGUACCAUACAUCGGAUGGUAAGCUUGAUCAUGCUGUUGGUGCUAUUGACAGUUGGUCAAUUGCCCACGGUCAACAGCUUCUGCCCUUCGCUCUGUACCUGUGAGAGCGAUCGCAAUCUACGGACGUCCUGCAUAAAUGCAUCGCUCGAGGUGGUACCGAUACAGCUAAAUCCGGACGUCCGGUAUCUCAAUCUCACCGCCAACCAAAUCACCAACGUACACUUUACGCUAGCCUUCUACUAUCAGCUAGAGUCGCUCGAUCUGUCCCACAAUCGGAUCGAUUCGCUCGGUUCGAAAAAUUUCGAAUCGCAGGAAAAGCUGCUCGCCCUAAACCUGAGCCACAAUGUGCUGCAGAGUCUGCUGAAGGAUAGCUUCCGCGGGUUGAAACGGCUCGAGCUGCUGCGGCUCGAUGACAAUCAGCUGGAACAGAUUCAUCCGACCGCCUUUCAAGCGCUUACCUCCCUAAGAAGGCUCGAGCUGAUGAACAACCGGCUGGUAAGCUUCGAGGACGGCGUGUUAAGGCCACUGGUGGCGCUGGAAACGCUGCUGCUCACCAACAACCAGCUGCUCGAGGUACCGUACGAAGGUAAUCUGGAGUAUGGGCGAUCACUGCGCCACCUCGACCUAUCCACCAAUCUGAUCGAGUACGUCGCCAACGAUAGCUUUGGCGCCCUGCACGAGCUGCGCACACUCCGGCUGGCAGGGAACGUGCUGAUGGAGGUUGAUUGGAGCGCUUUCAGUGGUUUAAACGCCCUACAGCUUCUCGACCUGGCGGAUAACAAUCUAACGACCAUCCCGACGGUGCAGCUGUCGAAGCUGUACAAUCUAACCACGCUGACGCUGAGCGGUAACUCGUUUGUGGAGCUACCGGCGGUUGCCUUUCAGAAUCUGUUUCAACUGCGUGAGCUGCAUCUGGACCGGUUGGAUCGAUUGGAGCACAUCGAUACGAGGGCGUUUAUCGAUAAUACACAUCUGCAGGUGUUAACGCUCGAUGAGAAUCCUUCAUUUUCGGCACUUCCCGUGCGCCUGUUUCACGGCAAUCCGCAUCUGAUUGACAUUUCCAUGCGACGCAACGCGCUUCUAACGCUGGAUGCCGUCCAGUUUCCGCUCGAUCGUCUACAGCGCUUGAAGCUGGCGGGAAAUCCGCUCGUGUGCAACUGCACCAUUCGGUGGCUGUGGCGACUAGUGACCGGGACGCACGAUGAUGACGAUGGCGAUGAUCCGGACGGUGUAGCGUUUCUAGGGAAAUCGUUGGCCGAUCACUCGAACAUCACGACCGUGCUGCUGAUCGACAAGGACGAGAUCGGAUGUGAUCUGAACGAGGAUGGGUUGGUGACGCGCCGUACGCUGCGCAACAUGUCCGAAGGUGAUAUAAACUGUCCAGCCCAUCUUGUGACGGUGCUGAGCAUACUUCUGAGUUUGCUACUGUUGGCACUCGGCGCUGGUGCGGCCAUCGUCUACAGGCGCAAGUCCCGCGAGCGUAAAAAGAUUUUACAGGAGCGCAAGAAUGUACACGAGCGUAUAGUGCCGCAGAAGGUGGACAAGCUGGAGUUGGAGCGUUACCUUGCCCAGCAGGUCCUGUCGAACGAUUACCGUGAGCUUAGGCCUGCCUGUGAUCUCCCAGUGCGGUACGAUCUGAAGUACCCGGACCAGACGGCACAUCAGCUGGGAGCUGCCCCGGAUGUGGAUGCCGACUCUGACCAUUACGAGAACAUAGACUACCUCCAGCAUCAGCGUGUCCUUGGUAAUUCGACCACACCGAACGUGUCCUCACACUCGAUCAUUACGAACCCUUUCCACCAUCAACCGCCGAGUCAGUACCACUUCGUGCAAGGACAUCCUCAAGUGCAGUCUCAGCUGCAUUCUGCUACCUACCAACACCAACCACAUCAUAGUCCACACCACCAACACCAUCAUCAGCAUCCUCCUGCACCGGCGAUGACGAUGCAGCAUCCGCACAAGUACCCACACCAGCAGCACCACACGGCCGGUCCUCUGGGUCCGGGGUCUGCCAACAACAGUAACACUUUGCCAGUGCCUCCGGUGCAGCGUAGCCUCAACAACUAUUCGCCCAACUUCUUCAUCUACGUUCUGUACUCCCACUUCAUACUGCUCCUGCUGACAUUAUGAUGAGGUACAGGACAUAGCACGGGAUCCAUACUGCGUUAGGCAAUUCGUGUCCAACUAUUUAAAGGUAGCAGUGAAGCAAUCGAAAUCAAACUCUUUGUGUCACCGGCGCUGGAAUCGGUGUGUUUGUACAGAAACGUUAGGGAAAUAAUUGUCCGGAACCUUCUUUUCAUUUGCCAAUGUUCUAAGUCACCAGAUGUCGUCGCAUUUUGUCUGGACCCGAAUGAACGACAAGGCUAGUAAGAAAUGACAACAAAACUCGUUAGAACACAAGCAAACACGUACUCUAGACUAAUGUUAACAACCGGUACGUUAAGGCGAAUUGUUUUUUUUUCUAAUGAAUCGUUCAGAUGCGCCAUAUUAGGUUAAGUAAUUUUGUAUCUCGGAUUGUAUUGUACAUUGAAAACAAAAAAGAAACGAUUAACCUAACCGAGUAUUUGUAUUAAAGGAAUCUUCAAUGAGGUAUGAUGUCAUACGUUAAAAGAUCAUUUUAAUAAAUUUUACCUUCUUUGCUUUCUCACUCAUUUUUUUUCUUGACAGUUCUCUUUCCGUUUCUUCUAACAGAUCUCUUUUGAAUUUCUGCUUAAUUCUUCAUUCGGAUUUUUUCAAUGUAAUUAAAAAAUCCAUUCUUGAAUUGUUAUUAUCUAAAUUUGACUCUGUUACUAAUUCUCCUCGAGCCAUGUAUCAGUUUUCACGUUUCUUUUUGUACAGUAGAUAGAGAUAAUUUAUAUUUGUACAACUAGCGUAGGCGGAUACACAACCUUCUGAAGGGUAGGGCAGAACAAGCUGUUCUCACGAAAUGUUCGUAGCGAAGAGGUAAACCGAAAAGGUGUGUGAAGUGUUAGUAACAAACCACCAUUUUCCAUCACUUCGAGAUACAUGGGAAAAUAGUAAGCAGAGGAAAAAAAGAAAAAAAUACAACACACAGAUAUGGCAAUGAUAAUCUUACUGAGCAGAAACGGAAAAAAUGUUUGAAAUGCUUCAUUUUGUAUUGCGCAACAAAUUUGUGAAUAAAGAUUUCUUUGUCCGUAAGCUUAGAUAAAACUUCUAAAACAUUAAAUUCAAAAAAGGUGUUUUUUUUUCUUGUUAAAUACACGAAAUGAAAAGCAAUCUACAACAAAAAAAAACAAAACAAAAUGGAAAAUUAGAAAAAAUUGGGUACGAAAAUCUUUUGUAAGAUGGAAGUGAAUUUAAACAAGGCAAAACUUAACGUAUAAGAUUAUGAAUAUGUUACACUGAGUUGUUAUAAGACUGAGCAAGUGGAAGAAAUGAAAUGGCUAACGGAAGAGAAAAUAAAUUUGACUACUGAAAAAAACACACACAAACGCGUAUGAACUAGGUUGUACGAUCGUUCGAUCCGAAAUAACACUCUAGAUGGAUUUCUAUUGACUUUGAAUUGUUCGCUUUAAGAUCAUCCCA